GUGCGCGUGGGAGCAGUGCGCGCUCCGCUGUUGGUGAGAAGCAGCGAUGAGCGAAUCCAGCCGGCGGGGCAGUGACCAUAGAAACUACAGCGGCUGCAAGCGGUCUCGGAACGGCGGCAAUAAAGUGACAGUGGCCCUCGGUGCGCAAUGCGGAGAUGAGGGCAAGGGCAAGGUGGUCGACCUCUUGGCCACUGAUGCUGACAUUGUCUGCAGGUGCCAGGGUGGAAACAAUGCUGGCCAUACGGUUGUUGCAGAUGGAAAGGAAUACGACUUUCACCUUUUCCCAAGUGGCAUUAUUAACCCUAAAGCUAUUUCCUUUAUUGGGAAUGGUGUUGUAAUACAUUUACCUGGCUUGUUUGAAGAAGCUGAAAAGAAUGAAAGAAAAGGAUUAAAAGAAUGGGAGAAGAGGUUGAUCAUUUCAGACAGAGCACAUUUGGUGUUUGAUUUUCAUCAAGCUGUUGAUGGUCUCCAAGAAAUUCAGCGACAAGAGCAAGAGGGAAAAAAUAUUGGCACCACAAGGAAGGGGAUAGGACCGACAUACUCCUCCAAAGCAGCACGGACUGGUCUCCGAAUCUGUGACCUUUUGGCUGACUUCAGUGACUUCAGCUCCAGAUUUAAACUCCUGGCUCAACAAUAUCAGUCCAUGUUUCCUAACCUGAAAGUAGACAUUGAAGGACAACUUAAAAAAUUAAAGGAAUAUGCUGAGCGUAUAAGGCCAAUGGUGCGAGAUGGUGUUUACUUUAUGCAUGAGGCUCUUCAUGGUCCAACAAAAAAAAUCCUUGUGGAAGGUGCUAAUGCAGCAUUACUCGACAUUGAUUUUGGAACUUAUCCAUUUGUGACAUCCUCAAAUUGCACUGCUGGAGGUGUAUGCACAGGCCUGGGCAUUCCGCCAUCGAACAUUGGAGCAGUUUAUGGUGUUGCAAAAGCCUAUACCACCAGAGUGGGUAUUGGGGCAUUCCCAACAGAACUCAAAAAUGAAAUCGGAGAGUUGCUACAGUCUCGAGGAAAUGAAGUGGGUGUAACAACAGGCAGGAAAAGGCGCUGUGGCUGGUUAGACCUAGUCAUGUUGAAAUAUGCGAAUAUGAUCAACGGAUUUACAGCGUUGGCAUUAAUGAAGCUGGAUAUCCUGGAAGUCCUUGAUGAGAUUAAAAUCGGUUUAGCUUACAAAUUGAAUGGAAAGAGAAUUCCAUAUUUUCCAGCAAACCAGGAAAUCCUAAACCAAGUGGAGGUUGAGUAUGAAACACUUCCAGGCUGGAAGAGCAGCAUUACCAAUGCUCGGACAUGGGAUGACCUGCCACCAAAGGCUCAAAACUACAUCAGAUUUAUUGAAAAUCACGUGGCAGUCCCAAUUAAAUGGAUUGGUGUUGGAAAAUCAAGGGAGUCAAUGAUCCAACUUUUCUAAUUACAGAAGAGGACAGGAUUGAAUAAUUUCAACACACACUCCUGUUUUUCUACUUAAAUUCAAGACUAAAUGUGUUAUGUUGAAAAUAUUCCUGAUAUUGUAUGAAGCAUAAUUAAUUUUCAGUUCUAUACAUAAACAGUACUGAAGGUCAUUGUUAACUGGAGGUUUAGAAUAUUUAAACACCACCAUAUUCCUACAAUUCAUGUUCAACUUACUAAAACAACACAUCUGUCAGUCAUUUCCAUUAAAUAUUGAAUCAGAUUUAAUAACUGAACUCGUGAAUGGAUACUACUUUGGCAAAAGUUUAGAGUUAAGAACACUGAAAUAACUCAAAUUUUGUUUUAUGUUGGAGUUUGCAGUUAGAUCAAUUUUACAUUUAAUUGUUAUUUAAACCAACAAAAGAAACUGUACAUCCUAUUUGUAUUUUGCCAUAAUUUAUUCAAAGAUUCUUGAGUUAACUCACUUGUAGCCUGUAAAUCAUAUCCUACAGUUCUUUUCUUUAAAAAAUCCAGUGGGCAUUCAUUUUAUUUCAUCAGAAAAGGGAGAUGCUUCCAUUUUAAUAGCUUUAGAACUGUUUUACAAUAGGUGCAUUCAUUAUUUAAAUCCAAAUAAAAUCUAAUAAAAAAAUCACAAUGCAUAGGGUUAAGUAUGAUCUCUAUUUAUUAGAUGUGAACAAUAGACAGAAAACAUUUUGCGAAAUGCCUUUUCAUGCCUGUUGAACUUUGCGAAGUACAGCAACAGUGUUUUUAUUUCCAAGUGCCCUGUAAAAUGUGUUUAGCACAGUCAGUAAUGCAUGCCUUGGUAUUAUAUAACAAGUUAAAGAAUCAGGUUUCGCUUGCCUAUUAAUUAUAACUUACAUCAGGGUUUAUGUUGUAUGAUGAAUCAUAUUCUGUCUUCCAGCGAUAGGUAUCAGGUUUCCCGUAUACAUCUUUUGGGACUUUAAGUGUCUCUCUUGCUGCUUUCAGAUUGUUGUAAGUGCCACCUUCACACUUCAGUUCUUCAACAGCUCUUGCAUAUUCACUGCUGUAAUGUUUAUUAAAUAGUCCUCUGUUAAUGCACUCAAUGAAAAAUCACAAUUUUUUAAACUUCAUGUUUAUUUUACAAUUAAACCAGUUAGCUGGAUGUCAGUGAUGCUUAAUCUAUAUUAACAAGAAAAAUGGAGCACUUCAGAAAUCUUUAUAAUUUAUGUAAUUUCAAAUUUAUGAUUGUUUGACAAAUUUUAGUGUUUUUGAAAUUGUAGCUUAGAGGGUAUGUAGUGGGUCAUAAGUGGAUAUGUUAAAUUUUCAGUAAAAUUUGCUAAGAUACCACAAGGUUAUUACAGAAAAUUAUGGUUCAAGGCCUUUUAAAUAACGUAUUAGCAUGCAGUGGUAACUACAAUUAGACAGAAAAUAGAGAGUGGAAGUAUAAAGAAUAAUUUUGCUUGGCAAGGCUGCAAAUAAAGGAGUACAUCAGGCCCUUUGUUUGGAUCUCACCUAUUUACAAUUUAACAUAAAUGAACUGGAUGAGGGGACUGAGUGUAUUGUAUGUACAUUUGCUGGCAUUACACAGUUUAGUGGGAAAAUAAUCUGGACCGAGGCAAAAAAAAGGGCCUGUCAAAGCAAAUGAGAUGACAAACAACUGUGACAGAUCUGAAAUAAUGUGGAGUAAUGUGAAGUUAUCCUCUCGUAGGGAAAACUGUAAACCAGAAUAUUUUUAAAUGAUGAGAGGAAUACCGUUAUCUUUGCAUUAGUAUCACAAAGUUAAUACAGAUGUUACAUGACAACUAGGAAAGCAUGCUGUGUGCUGUUUGUCAUCUUUCCUAAGAAAUGGCACCUCCUGCCUUAGAAUAAAUGAAACAAAGGUUCACUUGUCUAAUUUCUAGGAUGAGGGGAUUGUUGCUUUGAGUAGUGUGUGGGGAUUUGGCCUAUAUUCCCUAAUCUCGAAAAGAAAGAGAAACACUUGAAACAAAAACAGAAGUUUGAUAGAGUAAUUGCUGGGAGCAACUUUCCUCUUUGUUUAGUGAGUCCAGAAAAGUGGGUCAUAGUCUCAAUAUCAGGGGGUAGCUAUUCAGGACUGAGAGGUGAAGACAUUCCUUCUCUGAAGAUUGUGAAUCUUUGGUCUUCUGUACCAAGUUAGAUGCUUAUUCAUUGAAUAUACUCGAGUGGGUCAAUACAUAUUUUUGGAUACUAAAAACAUCAAGUGAUGGACAGAUACAGUGAGAACCUGGAGUCUAGGAAAAAGAUCAGCCAAGAUCUUAUUGAAUGCCAAAGUUGGAUUGCAGUCAGAAUGGUCUACUUUUGUUUCUUAUGUUCUUAUUUCAGUUAUGCUAAGUUAUGUAUUUUUAAUUUUUAAAGUAAUUUAGAGUUACUAUAAUUUAGAAAACAAACUCCAACCAACAAUUAUUUAUCACUUAGCAUACAAUGUAUGAAUUGGGUUAUAAAUUGUUAAUCUCUUAGAAAUGACAACAGCCAUCCACUGCUUUUCUUCGCCAUCUUAAAAUGCUCUCCCUCGCUGGCUGAACACAGGUCAUUUUAUUGCCAGUAUUAGUUUCUGGAGGGAAAACAAAAACAAUCUAGCACAGAUAUGAGCUGAAUGCCAUCCUUUUGCAUUGCAAUAUUUUUGGUUCUGAGAGUCUUUUAUCACUAGUUGGAUAAAGUAAUAUUGUUAUAUGUAAUGACUCAAUAGGAACUCUGAUGCAAAUAAGGUUGAAAGCAGGAUAAAGACUUUGGUUCCCUCCAGUAUCAACUAGGAAUUUAUACUGACAACAUGUCAGCACUAGACCAGGAGUAGGAAACUGCAGGUUUUCUUCCUAACAUCUUAGUCAACAUUGAAACAGUUUAUCUCAUCUUUUUAUCUAUAUUCUGUGUGUUGGACUUCCCGGUUUACAAAUUUGCUACAGCAUUUUUAUACAACAAAGUGAAUUCUUUUAAAAUUGUAGUCAUUACGUGUUUUGAGAUGAUGGUGAAAACUGCACAAUAUUAAGAAUAAAACAAAC